AUGGCUGACAGCGGUGGAGAAUCACAACUGGCCGUGGCCGAAAAGAGGGUUGAACCUGAUCUCAGAAGUGUACUAGUUACUAGCGUUUUAAAUUUAGACAAGCUCGACACCGACCUGUACAGAGGCACACAUCACUGGAUUCCACGUACUAAACGCCUUUUCGGAGGACAGAUUGUUGGGCAGGCUCUGGUAGCUGCAGCCAAGUCUGUCAGUGAAAAUGUUUAUGCACAUUCACUGCACUGUUACUUUGUGAGGGCAGGGGACCCAAAGGUGCCUGUGCUAUACCAGGUGGAAAGGACUCGGGAUGGCCAAAGUUUCUGUGUCCGAUCUGUGAAAGCCAUUCAGCAUGGCAAGGCCAUACUGAUCUGUCAGGCAUCCUUUCACAUGCAGCAGCCUAGUCCACUAGAGCAUCAGUUCAUCAUGCCCAUCGUCCCGCCACCAGAAGCACUGCUUACAAUUGAGGAACUUAUUCAACAAUACCUCAGUGACCCAAACUUGGCUGACAAUGCACGACAGGGUCUAAAUAAAAUACUAGCUGAUGAAGUUCCAAUUGAGAUCAAACCAGUCAACCCACCUGAUUUUUACAGGCGUGUUGCCAUGGAACCAAAGAAACUAUUCUGGGUGCGAGCAAGAGGGCAUAUAGGAAAUGGUGACAUGAAACUGCACUGUUGUGUGGCAGCAUAUGUAUCAGAUUACUAUUUCCUGGGUACAGCACUGUUACCUUACCCAAAUCAAAGGGCCCAGUUUUCAGCCUCUCUGGACCAUGCCAUGUGGUUUCACAGCACAUUCAGAGCAGAUGAGUGGAUGCUCUAUGAGUGUGAGAGCCCUUGGGCAGGAGGCAGCAGAGGCUUUGUUCAGGGUCGCUUGUGGAGACAGGAUGGUGUGCUUGCAGCUUCCUGCGCUCAAGAGGGAGUGAUACGAGUAAAGGCUUUGUCUCAGAGUAAAUUAUAGGAGAUUUUUUUAAUUAUACUUAAAACAAUUAUAAUUUUUUAAUAUCUAAUGAUAGAUUCUAAUGCAUAAUUAAUGCUAAUGCAUUAUUUUAUUUGUCAUCAUAUGCUCAAUUACUGUCAUAAACAAGUUAAAUGUAUUGAUGCUGCUGAAGACCACUAUAGAUUCCAGAAGGCAAGUUACAUGGAACUGUCUGAUUUUUGUUUAUCUACAUUGAUCUGCAGUGCUAUAGUCUCUUAUAACAUAUGAAAGAGCAGCACUUUUGUUGCACUAAACUUUGUCCUUUUUUGUAAUUUAUCUCAAAUUUGAAGAUACAUCUUUAAUUUUUGUGGUAUAAUGGGUUCAGUUUAUUUACAGUACAGGUUUACCAUUUUUGUUUUCUCAGACAUGGUCAAUUAUAUUUGUCUACAGAACAACUUCAAGCAUUUAAAGCUGAUGUUAAUUUUUCAGUGUCAAAAUUCUUCCUCCUAUGCCAGUUUAUGCAGAGACAACUAUACGUAAGCCAUUUGCUAACUUCUCAAACAUUGUUUCUGUGACCAUAAAAAAAAUUCCUGUUUGAUUUGAGGGUCCCGUCCAGCCCCACACAACAACAUUGACUCAACCAAUGGUGUGAGUUAAAGAUGGGGAGUAUUUGGAAGGCUGUUGGAAAACGAUGUUUACUUUAGUAGUUUCAUUUUGUGGGGCUAGUGGAGCAUAAAUUACACACUGCAGCUUCAAUCAGAAGACUUAAAGGGGUCAUGACAGGCUUUUUUAUUAUUUUAAUAUGUUCCAUGAGGUUCACUUAUAAUAUUAGUAAAGUUUUGUUUUUGUUUCACAAAAAACAAUCAUAUAUUUGUAAAACAUUAUCAUUUCCCACCAUCAUUCUUACCCUCAGUCAGAAAUACUCUGUUUUGGUGCUGCUUCUCUUUUAAGACUUGACAGUAAACGCCCACUGUUAUUAUUGGCUUUCUGAUCUUGACUAACCUGCCAUCUCACUCCUCAUAGCUAUUGAUCGGGGCUACUGAAGUAAUUCUGUUAAAGUAGGCAGUUGGUCAGAUGCAAAUGUCUCACAGUGUGACAUCACAAUGUGAAAGUAGUAGUGAACGAGACGUUUUUGCUGCUUGGUUUCAACAAAUGCUUUUCUUUUUUUUUCUUCUGAAACUUACUUUUGUUUGUUUUUAUAGUACAAUGAUCUCUUAUAUGUCAAAAGAUCAAGGAUAAUUUGAUUUCUAAUGUCUCAUGAGCCCUUUAAGAAGUUUUUUGAAAUUGUGAGAAACAUAAAUUCAGCCAAGUUUGUCCAAACAUUUGACAUGGUAUUGUCUUCAAGGACUUAUUUGUGCUUUUUAAUCAUAUAAAGGUUAAAGUUGUAAUUGUGGCAUUUUCUGAAGUUGAAACAGGCACUUUAAUUGUGUAUAUUUU